AUGGAGCUGCAGAUGCGGCCACAAGUGAAGGCAGCAGAGGUCGCAGGAGCGGAAGAGUUGCCGCACCUGCGGGAUCACAGAUGCGGAAUCUGGGUCACAGGUGCAGAGAUAGAGAUCUUAGGGAAAACCACCGAAAUGGUACCCUCAACCGCAGAAGCGGUAGCGCAUAAGCGGGUUUUCGACCGCAGACAAUUAAGGAAGGCAAUUCGGAGUCGUAAAGAUUUAAUGUUUUUGUCAGAUCGACACAAGUCCAUUGCAAAUGGAAUUGCAAAAGUUAUCCCUGAGUGCUACCAUGGUAUUUGCAUAUAUCAUUUAGAAAAGAAUCUAAUGCAAAGAAGAGUGAGAAACAAUAUAAUAAACCUGUUUCAAAGUGCUGCAAGAGUAUUCCUUCAAUCAGAAUUUGAUGACUUUAUGUCCCAAAUAGCUGUUGUUGAUAAGAAAACAUUCAACUAUUUGAUGAAGGAACCACCAGGAAGAUGGGCUCAUUCACAUUGUCCAAGACGACGAUAUGAUAUGUUAACAACAGAUAUUGUUGAGUCAAUGAAUAAUAUUUUGAGAUGUGCAAGACAAUUGCCGCUUUUAACAAUGAUGGAUUUCAUACAAGAAAAAUUGCAAAGCUGGUUCUAUGAAAGAAGGACAACUGCAGAAGGAAUAUUCGGUGAGUUAUCAAAUUGGGCAGAAGCAACAUUGGAAGAAAAAAUUAAAUCAGCUUUUACAUUUAGAGUAUUGCCCAUUGAUCGACUCAAAUUCAAUGUCAAAGAAGGGGGUAUGGAAUUUAUUGUUGAUCUAGACAAAAGAACAUGUGAUUGUUCUGAAUUUCAGCUAGAUGCGAUACCCUGUGAACUUGCAAUUGCUGCAAUUGAAAGUGAUUCAACAACACGGGUUAUACCCAAUACUAUUAAAUCAGAAAUCACUAAGCCUCCAGAUGUAAAAGUAAUGCUAGGAAGAAGACAGAAGAAUCGACAUGUUUCCGGUACAGAAUUCAAGAAGGAACCAAGAUGUGGUCGUUGCAAAAGAUAUGGGCAUAACAGAACAAAUUGCACAAAUUCCGCAGUAGUUCAUCCUUAUGCAAGAAAAUACAGGAAAAAGAAUGAUUGGUUAUAUACAAUAAGGUUGCAUAGGCUCAUGUGA